AAGUCUCCUGGAAGGUUCCGAGCCUCCCCGGAUCGGUCAGGUGACCGGCUCGUUUCUUCCGUUGGCUGGGCGAAACGGCCGAGGCAUGGAUUGGGACACACGACUCAGUUCUAUACUGAUUGAAACAGACAGCAACAUGGCCAAAAUUAAGCAACGUCUAAACACAGCCAGCAUCUCUUCCGAAGCUGAUUUGUUAGUGGACAGAAUAAAUAUUGAGGGUACUGUUCUGACUCAGCCACAAACUGGACCACCACCCUUGCAUUUCACAUGUGGAACUCACCCAUGCUGUAGAAUGGCCAGUGAGGAGCUUUCAGCUAUCAGCCAGCAACUACAUUCACAAGCCCAGGUUAUAGAGUCGCUCACCCAAGCAGUAUGUCGGCUCAAACAAGAGAAAGAACUGCAGCAGCAGAGUAUCAGUCACCUAGAAGAUGAGAUGGAUCGCCUACAGCACAAUUCCCAUGGUGGCUUUGAAUCGGUGCUGGGAUGCAGGAUGGAAGGAUUGAAGAGUGAGCUCCGCAGCCUUCGGCAACAGGUGCUUCAGCAGUCAGAUGGUGAUUGUACUCCUGAUCUGUUUUCCUGUCCUGGCAUCAUGCAAGAUAUGCUGGAGAGUAAGAAAGUCCUGUGGCAAGAAUAUGAAUGCAUCAGGAGAGAGAUAGAGCAGCUGAAACAUAAACUUGAUCGCCAAGAAGAGGAUCUAUUCAGUCAAGUUUCUGCAACUCAUGAGAUUAAGAGAACCCAAAACCGGUACUGUAAGAUGCUUGAAGAUUUAAUGAACACUCAUAAAGCUCAGGUUCAGGAUUGUGACAAAACAAGGAAUGAAACUCAGAGCACCAAGCAGGAGUUCAGUGAUGUCAAAUCUACAGUGACUGAUCUGAAAGAACAGGUGAAAUGCCUUGGCUUAGAAGACAAGCAAGCUAUGCCACUCAAGGAGGAUAGCACUGAUCUGAAAAAGAAUGAAGAGUUACUCCAUGAAGAGGACUUGUCCUCCUUCACUAGUGAUGAUUCCAUCUCUGAGUUCAGUCUCACAGAUGUCAGUUCAGAUGAACUUUUCAGUGAACCAGAAAUUGUACAACCUGCUGAUGACAAGGUUUCUUUCCCAAGCUUGGAACUGGAAAAUACCCCUGGAGGGGCAAUUGGUGGCAUGUUGGAGAGGGCAGAAAUCAGCAGUGAGCUAUCCACCAGUUUGCCUAAGCUCAACUUGAGUGACCUUUAAAGCAACACCUAAAGACUGCCUCAUUCUUUUUAAUGAGGAAACAAAUUAAAGAGAGGAGAAACAUAAGGAGUGGUUUUCAACAUGCUGAGCUGCUUUUGUACAGAUACUGCAUGAAGUAGGAGGAAGAGUGAUCUUAGCCCAUGUCCUGUGUCAUGCUGGUAUAUCAGGGUUUGGUGGGUAGGCCUGGAAUCAUUUCACAGACACUGUGCAUCUUGUUAAUAGCUUCCAACGUCUCUUUCUGGAAAUGAACAAUGGCAUUACUGACUCCUGUAUGCAUGGAAUAUAGCAUAGCUCUUUCUAAUACAUAAAUAAUACUGAGACUGAGCUGCAAGAAAAAAUGUUCUGGAAAGUGAUUCAUCUUAAACUACAAAGCCUGUUAAUUUGGUCAGUAUCUGUAUCCACGCAGGAGCAUCUGGCUCUCCUGAUUCAGCACCACUAAGGCAAAGCCAGACAUGAAGGAAAGAGUCUACUAAAGGACAGAAGAGCCUAUACUAUAUUACAUGUAUGAAGCCAUUAAUCUGCCAUGUGCCCCAGUGGGUGAUCAAGGCAAGCCUUGCUGUGUCUGGAUGCACGUUACAGCUUUGUGGUGGUAGCAGAGACGUUUUCAGGGCAGUGUGGCUUAUGUCCUGUUUGGGAGCAGGUGGAACUACUGGACAAUUCUAGGUGCACCCACCUUGUUUCCUUGGCCACUGAGCUGCUACACUUGUCUUUGGAGUCAUAGGGGAACUAAUUUGCCUAAAUGACAGUGUGUCCAAGGUUACUGCGUUUUGGAUUAGGUGGGGAAAAAAAUCACAGUGUAACUUCUUAAUUACCUUGCCUUGGGUCAUUUUCAGUGAAUGGCAAAUGUAGGAAUAAAAUUAAGAGUCAGGCUUUAGAUAGGUUCUCAUCUAAGCUAAGACAAACUCUGUGUGAUUUACAAGCCAAGCCAGUAAGGAAAUGAAAUGUCAAAGUGCAUUACAGAUUUAUCUUGUAAUAAAAUCCUCCUUACCUUGUAAUGUGUCACUACACUUUUGAAUAGAAGAGUGUUGGAAUAAAGGGAACUUAACUCUUUCCUUGACAACUUUAUGAUUAAAAUCAUUCACACAUGCACACACAGACACCCCUGCAGCUUUUAAACCCAGAGAUUUCCAGCUGUAGAAAUUAUUAUCAGGAAACUCAUGAACGUAUGAAAAAUAAAACUACAGUAUGAGAACGUAGUAUAUUAGGCACCUCUAUAUUACAUCUCUCAAAUGUAUAAUCUUUGCAUUUAAGUCUGGAUUUAAUUUAUGCAGAGAUUUAUACUUUUCAUUGAUUGGACUAACUGCAGACUUAAAAACACAGCAUGAUGAGAAUGUAACAAGGUGCAUCUUUCUUCCCAGUGUUUCAGCUUGUUUUUCUCAAUAAUAUGUGGGAUUCUCAUUUUAUUCCAUGGCAGUAGAAAAGCCCAAUGAGCAAAUAAACUUUUUGAGAAAGCCAUUAUCUGAACUGCAACCCCAGAAUUCUUAAUCAUAGAAGAUCCCAGACUUGGACAUCUUUAUAGUGAUAAAUUAAGUAACUAAUUAGAAUAGUUUAAUGCAAAAGCUGUUUCUAUAUUCUUUUUCUGAAAUAUCCAAUUAUGAAGAUAAGAUUAAACUGGUUUUGAAUUGCAGCUGUUACAGUUGCAUCUUCUCUUUGCAAGGCCUAGAUGAAAGAGUAGAGGCCUGUUAAAAUCAUCAUGAAGUCCUCCAUCUUAUUCUGAUUAACAGAACACCUGAAAUUCCUGUGGGUGUGACAUAUCAGUGUACUGGACAAAGCUGCAUCUCUCACACAUCCUAAAAGCCUAUGUUGAAGAAGAGCCUUGAGAAGGAAUAUCCCCAGUCUCAGGGUGAAAGUAAUUUCAGAAGAGGAAAAGGAUUAAAGGCAAGGGAGAGGAGCAGGAGAAAAGGUGAGGAAUUAGCUGACAGGAGAUUUAAUCAGGGAUAUUCCAGUAGUUCAGAGAGUAAUGGCAAGAAACAAUGGUUGCUCCCACUCUUUUCAUUCCACGCUUGUUUCAGAUUUGGGGAAGCAAAGACAGAGAAGUCUAAUUCAGUGAUAUCUGAGCAGAACAAUUUGUCGCAACGUAGCUGACUGUAUUAAUGCAAUAAAGCUUACAUGUAUUCAUCAACAAACUCGACUUUGGUACAUUAUUUAGUCUUUGAUAAGAGGGAGGAAUAUUCAUCUUUUGAAGUUUAGCUUUUGAACAAUGGGAAGGAGCUAUAGGAAGAGAACCACCAGUCCUCAAGGCUUUAGGGAACACCAACAGGGAGAUAAGCAGUCCCUCAAGUAAAUUGGCCCUAUGUCACGUAGGGCAUGAUAGGUAAUAACCAGCACCUUGAAUGCACUCAGAAGCAGACUGGCAACCAAGGCAGCAGUGGAACAGAGAUGUCACAUGGCAUACCAAAGCAUGUCCAUCACUGCCCAUACCACUGCAUUCUGGACCAGGUGAAGCUUCUGAGUGGUUUUCAAGAGUAGCCCCAUGUAGAGCGAAUUGCAGUAGUUGAGCCUGAGGUGACAUGGGCAUAGAUGGGUGACCAUCUGAAAGGACACAACUAGUGCACUAGAUUGAGCUAAGUAAAGCCUCCCCCCCCAUUGCACAUCACCCAAUUGGGGAGGUGCUACCCCAUCUAAGAGUAUGGAUGGAAGGUCCUCGGAUCCAAGGGUCCUUAAUAUCUACAGCCACUCAGUCUUGGUAGGAUUGAAUCAGAGUCCCUAUCCAAGCCCAUGCAGCCUCCAGGCACUCAGCCAGGACCUCGACAGCAUCACUUGUCCAGGCUGGAGUCAAAAUAUGUAAUUGGGUAUUGAUAUUAUAUAGUCUAGUUCUAUUUGCAGUGCUGUAGAUGGCUCAGACUAAGAUUCUACUUAAGUAGGCUUUUCUUCCUCACACACUGCCAUAGGGUAGUAGAUUGGUUGCAGUAGUACUGAGUUCUUUUUAUCUUGAUUAGUGUCCCACCCUUUUUAGCUUCAAAGGUAACCACUGAGACUGAUUUCUACUUUUUUGCUAACUAACACAAUUAUGCCUAAGCCUCGAAUUAAUAAAAAUUAACCCAAAGGAGCUAUCAAAGUCUUCUGCCGCCUUCAAAGGUAUAUAUAUAAGGAGUUGGCACGUUGCCCACUGUAAUGCUGUCAAAUAGCCUUAUGAAGUAAAACUUUGAGUACUGCCUUAUUUUAGCCUCAGGGAAGCUACAAUACUGAAGGAGACAGUUUAGCUUAACACAACAAUUAGAAAACCCUCCUCUGCAGACCUGCCUAGGAAUUCCUACAUACAUUUGAGGCCCAUCCCUGCUGAAGACCUAAGAAAUAGCCUAGCCCAGGGACAGGCAGCUUUUUUGGCAGCUGGGGGUUGCUUUUAUUUUAUUAAUUUUUGGUGCUGAAGACCACAGAAAGGAUGGUGGCAAUAUAAUCAAAUUUCAGACAAAAUUGUGGGUCUUGUUUUCAGAGGAAAGCAGUUGGGUUUUUAAAAAACUUAAGUUUAUUAAGAACAUUUGAGAGCCAAUGUAUUUGUGACAUAAGAAUAUUGCAUUGUUAUUUGGUGACUUGCUGCUUAAUUUGGGGGAGGGGGGGUGACAGGUUCCAGGAGCUUCAUGCAGUUUCAGGUUGUUUACCCUUCUCUGGGCUCUUUAUUGUCUGCAAUUGAAUUGACUUCCCAUGCUAUUGUUACUUGGAGAUCAGGCUAUCAUAAUUCCUGUCAAAGUGAGCCUCAUUGAACCUCAGGAUAAAUUUACAUAAGAACAAGUUGCAAGAUUUUGCUAUUAGCAUCUUUCAGGCGUAUUUGAAUCUAUCUUCUCUGGAUUGGUGUAAUUAUUCUCCCGAGCUCAAGAAGUUUGUGACUGAACAAGUGACUUCAUUCCUAAGGGCUUCACCUGUAGAGCUUGACAGCUUCUGUGGGCACGUAGGUCAUGAAGUGGAGAAUCUUUUUUCUUAUGAUGAGCCAUGUCCCACAGGAAUAAUGAAACGUGGGGUUCUUACUGAUGGUGAAUAGAGGAGUAACCUCUUAUUAUCUGCAUUAAUAGGGUAUUUUCCCUGCUUUAAUGAUAUAACUUUGAAAGGCCACAUGAUGCUGGGAAGAAAAAUAUCCCUGCCAUCAUUUUCCAACUAAGUGCUAUUGGAGAAGCAUUAGCUUUCUUUGUUGUCCAUCUUCACCCUGUAGCUCUUUGUUAGGUGGCAAUGCCACCAGUUUUUGUAUUUUUUCUCCCUCUAGCUCCCAUUUGAUUUUCCUCUAUGUUUACUUCUCACACAUGCAGAACUGCAUUUCCUUUUUGCAUAGAAAGGAGAAGAGAUGAUCUUAAAAUGAAACAGCAGACCUCUGAUAAUUAUAGGCUAGUUGGAAAUUGGCCCCAGGGUUGUUUUAUCCUGUAGAAAGCUCCGCUUGUGACACCUAGAGAUUCUAGUACAGAGAUCUUCAACAAGUAUCACUAUUAGGCUUCUCUAUUUAAGCUACCCCAAUCCCAGAAUAAAUUGCUAUGUUCACAAAUCACUGAUUUCUUGACUAAGCUACAAAUAGCAGAGUUCACACCAUGCUAAACCAUAAACUUUGGGUUAAAAACCUCAAUUGUUGGGUUUACCCAUCUUGUUGAAUCCAAACCAAAUAGACAACAUUAAGGCUUAUUUUAGUGUAUGAACCCAGCUUAUAUGUGAAAACAUAGCAUGGUGAAAAUGAUGGAUGAAAUGAAUUGUCUGAACUUUGAAAGAAGGUGAAGAGGAAGAGAAGGGGAUAAAGGCUGCAUGUGUGAACAGGCAACUUCCAGGUGUUCAUACCAAAGACCUUCCAAGUAGCCAGGACUGUUCAAAUGCUGAGCUUGCUAAAUAGUAACACAGAAAGCUAGAUUGGCUUCCAAACAGCAGCACCAAUGAGAGUUAUCAUACAGUCUUAUUGUUCCAGGCAUUUGUCAACAAUCCCGGCAGGACUUGGCUAAAAUACUUACAAUGACUGAAGAACAUCUCAUGUGCCAUCCCUUAGUAUUGAACAAAGGAGUACAAUUUCCUUGGUAAAUUGAGGUUAAAUGGUGUGCUGAAAAUAGGGUUAUCCAAACCACAGCUGCUCUUAUUCCCUGUAAAAUCAAUGUAAAGCAGUGAGGGAAAGUCCUCCAGCAGUAGUAGUCAGACUAUGCAAUGUGAAUACCGAAUACCAUUAAGUGGAACAGAAGAUUACUGCUUUUUAGCUUUGUCUCAACUUGCUAGAGGCAUUUGGAUGGCCCCAUAAAGGAAAAUGAAUGUUGGACUAUUUUUUUUUAAUAUAAUCCAGAAGAGCUCCUAUAAAAAGAAUGAGAUCGCUACUUCCUCCUAGAACAUUUUUUUAAUCUUGAUAGAAACUUGAAGUGUAAUUCAAAGAAAAUAAGGGAGCCAACCUGAUCUCCCAAUCACAGUCUGGUUGCAUUUCCAUUCACAAGUAACACAUCGUAUUCCAUAAGCUUAAUUAAUACUUUGUACUUUUUAUGAAAAAAACCCACGCCCCAUACAGUGUAAUUCCUCAAAAUGCAACAAAACCUUCCUUGAUAUGAAGCUUGCAAUUGAAAAGCUGGCUGAAUUUUUUCCUCCAGCGCUGCAUGUAUUCAGUCACAGAAAAUGCAGAUAUAAUGAGGAAAAGGUCUUGGUCAGGAAAUUGGACCUUGAAAAGAUUCCAAUUCUCAAAAAUAAGAAAAAAAGAAGGCAUUUUAAGAAAGUCAGUCAUUUGAUUUGCAUCUCUAUAGUUAUUUCCAAGUCAGUACAGCAGCUCCAAACUCUUAGAGUUGCUUCCCAAUUGGCAUCCUUUACAGGAUUUGUAAAAAAAAAAAAAAAA